CUUAAACCCUUCUCUUCUCUUCGCCCCUUUCCAUAAACCCCGAACCGUUCCACAGUCGGAAGAAGCCACCGCAAACGGCGGCGAUCGGAAGCACCCGCCGCCGCCGCCGCCAUGAAGCCACAGAAGCCCAAGGACCGGAGGCGGGAAGAGCGACCCUCGUCGCUUCAACAGGAUCGGCAAACGGAGCACGACCCCGCCGAAGAACCGUUGCGAGACGGCGCCGACAUCUGCCAACAGCUCAUGGACCGCUACGCCAAGUCCUCCGCCCCUCAGCACCGCCACCUCCUCGCCACCGCCGCCGCCAUGCGCGCCAUCCUCGACGCCGAGUCCCUCCCCCUCGCGCCCGCCUCGUACUUCGGCGCCGCCAUGUCCGCCGUCGAGACCACGUCCUCGCUGCAGGCCCUGGACUCCACGGAGAUCGCGGCGCUCAUGUCCUUCCUCGUGAUCGUCCUGCCCGCGGUACCGCCGCGGGGGGUUGCACCCGCGAGGGCGAGGGAGGCGGCGGAGGUGCUGGCGGAGGUGUUGGCGAGGGAGGAGGAGAAGCUGUCCGUGUCCAGCGUGAGGUCCGCGGUGAAGUGUUUGGGGAUUUUGCUUGGGUUUUGCGACUUGGAGGAUUGGAAUUCGGUGAAAUUGGGGUUGAAGACGCUUUUGAAAUUCUCCCUGGACAAGCGUCCCAAGGUUCGGCGAUGUGCACAAGAAUGUCUUGAAAAGGUUUUCAAGUGCUUUAAGUCCUCAAGUGUUGUUAGGAAAGCAAGCAAGCUGGUACUGUCUUCUUUCGAAAGUUGCAGUUCUUCGGCAGAUUGGUCAAGGACUACAAGUCCUGAGGAUGGAUCUAAAGAUGAUAAACUGUUGAAAUCCCAAAAUAUAGGAUUCUUACAUAUGCUUAAUGUGCUGAUAUCCGUUUGUCCGUAUCUAUCUGCCAAAGUAAACAUUCAGAUUCUUUCAGAAUUAGACAAGCUUAUGAGUCCCAGGUUCUCAGCGCUUACAGCACAGAUUCUUAAGAUCAUCGAGGCAUUAUUGGAAACUCUAGCAGUGGGAGAUACUGUUCAAGAGAUAGAAAAUGUCAUCACUUCUCUUGCUUCAUAUGUUUCUUCAAAAGAGAACCCAGUGGACACUGUCAUGACUGCUGCGAACUUGUUAAGAGUUGCUCUGAAUAAAUUUCACACUGGAGGAUCAAGCUUGUGGAUUAAGAACCUUCCUGUAGUUUGGGAGUCUCUAGCAGGACUUCUUGCUGGUGAGGCUGAUGCUGCAUCGCAGGCCUCAAGUAUUUUGAAGGACUUGAUUACUGAACAAGUAAAUGAAAAGACUUUCGUUAGGGAGAGCCAACCAAGUGAUGAUGUAAGUGAGGAGAGUCUGGAAACAAUUGCAAUAAGGAGAAUAUGUAUUGCUUUGGAAAGUGCCCUCAAUGCCCAUGGUGAAACUCCAAAUCAGCAUGCACUUUCCGUGAUCUCUCUUUUGUACCUCAAACUUGGAAAAACUUCUUACAUCUAUAUGAGGAGUACCCUACUCAAACUUGUUCACUUAAUGACCCCAGCUGGAAGGGACCCAUCUAUCAGAGGCCAUCUUCAGAGAUGUAUUGGUUCUGCUGUAAUUGCUAUGGGCCCAGAAAAGAUGCUUUCUGUUGUGCCUAUUUCACUGCAUCCCGACGACUUUAGUUGCAGUAAUGUUUGGUUGGUGCCCAUUCUAAGAGAUUAUGUGGUUGGUUCAUCACUUGAGUAUUACAUGGAUUAUAUUGUGCCCCUUGCAAAAUCUUUCAAACGUGCUAGUUCUGGAGUUAAGAAAUCAGUACUUGGUAAAGAGCUGCUGGGUCAUGCUCAUGACCUUUGGAAACUGCUACCGGCCUUUUGCCGGGGUUCAAGUGAUACAGACGAACAGUUUAGACGUUUGGCAGUAUUAUUGACUGAUUUUCUGAAAAAAGAUUCCUUUAUGCAUGAAAGUGUGGCUCUUGCUUUGAAGAUCCUUGUGAAUCAGAAUACAAGUGUACUCGGCUCUAGAGUAGUUAAAGAUUUGGACAUGUGUACUGUGCAAGCAUCCGGAUUGGAAUUUCAAACUCCACCGACUUACUCCAUGAAAACUGCAAGCAGAAAUAUCAAGGCUUUAAGUUCUUGCUCUACUGAAUUGCUCCAACUUUUAUCUGACUUAUUUGUCGAUUCCAUUCCCGCGACAAGGUCAUACCUGAAGGAUGCUAUUGGUUGCUUAGCUUCUGUCACGGAUUGUUCUGCAACCAGAGAAAUUUUUGUGUCGUUUCUCAGAAGAUUUGGCAUUCUAAAUAAUAGAGAUGAAUUUGAGAGGGGAAGAGAUGAAAUGGAUGCAUCAACAGACAGAGAACCAGGAAAUGAGCACACUAUCGAUGAAAAUGCUAAAAGGUGCUUGUUGUUGGAGCUAGCAUCUUUUCUUAUUGAAGGAGCACAGAAGGAUCUCAUUGAUUUGGUGUUUAGCUUUGUCAAAGACACUUUUCAGGAAAGCAAUGACAAUGGCCAUGCUGAAGCAUACAAUGCUUUGCGCAAAAUUUUGGAGGAUCAUCCCUGGUUUUGUUCAUCUCAAUAUUCGCAGUUGAUAGAUUUACUAAUUGGCCUAAAGACUCCGUCUGAUACUGCUACUCUGAGAAGCCGCUUUACCUGUUUUCAUGUUCUGAUGGUUCAUGCAUUAAAGAUGAACUCUGAGGAGCAGCAGGAGGAGGAGAAGGAGAACGAAGAUUCAAAAGCCUUUUUCAUCCUCAAUGAGAUUAUACUUGUCUUAAAAGAUGGUAAGGAGGAAUCUAGGAAGGAAGCUUAUGAUGUUCUCAUCCACAUAAGUUCCAGCUUGAAAAGCAUUUCGCCUGUUGGUUCAGUUGCACCUUAUCAGAAACUAAUUAACAUGAUAGUUGGCUAUCUUUCUGGUUCAUCACCUCAAAUUACAAGUGGAGCUGUUUCUGCAUUGUCCGUACUAGUUUACAAGGAUACAGAUAUCUGUCUAUCAAUUCCUGAUCUUAUUCCUCCAGUUCUUUCUCUGCUGCAAAGCAAAGCUGUGGAAGUGAUAAAAGCUGUUCUAGGUUUUGUGAAAGUAUUAGUGUCUUGCUUACGAAAUGAAGACCUUCAGAGUUUACUUUCGGACGUUGUUGAUGGUGUUAUUUCAUGGUCAUCUGUCUCCAGAAAUCACUUCAGAUCAAAGGUCACAGUCAUUCUUGAGAUAAUGAUUAGGAAGUGUGGUUUUUCUGCUGUUCAGCUUGUUACCCCAGAAAAGUACAAGGGUUUUCUUAAGACAGUUCUGGAGAAUCGACGAAACAAAACCUCAAAUGAAGGCAGUAUAGCAAACAAGGAAGCUUCUGCAAGUCAGAAAGAUGUCAGGGGACGAGGAUAUAAAAGGAGAUUGAAGAACAAAGACGGCUCCCCCUCCUCAGGAGAAUUUGAAACUUCUCUUAGUGUUGAUGGCAGAUUAGAAGGUUCUAAAAAGGAUAGAGGUUUGGCUGCACAGAAAUUUUCUAAGAUUCAAUCCAAUGAAUCUGGAAAGAAAAGGAAGAGGACCUUUCCCCAAAUUAGAAGCGGGGAAAAGAGAAAGAUGGAUACAAAAAGUAGCAUGAACGUGGAAACCACGGUAAGAAAUCAUAAAGCAUCCAGAGCAUGCAAUGGCAAUAAUGCUGGGCGGAAAAAACAGAAGAAAUAAGUUGGAAGGACGAGAAUACUGGUUUUUUCUUCAGAGCGUCUUAAAUUUAUGAUGAUUUUGUUUCUCCUGGGCACGCCAAAUGUUGUCCAUUCGGGGAAAAGAGUACACUUUCUUGGCUUUCGCAUAUUUCCCCUAUUCGGUUUUGGGGGAAAACAAAGAUCUGAAUAUUCCACCUAGGUCUGCUUCACAGCCAAGGAUUGUAUUUGGAGGUCAUGGGUUUGAUAAGCUUGUUGUCCUAAUUUACGGUGCAUCAUUACAAGGGGACAGAGAGGCUGUUUCAAAGGGUGAUUUGUCAUGGAUUACUGACAGUGUACACUUCCAUCUUUUCUUGUAAAUGAGAGCAAGCUAUAUCUGACUCUUGUACAACCCUUGAAUUGCUUAAUCUUUAAUCUCAAUUUAUUUGAAAGUUGUAA